GUAUUGCAGAACUCAAGGUAGCAAUGGAAGAUUAAAUAAGAGCAGUCCAUAACAUGCAGACCUAUCUCUUUUUGGCUCCCACUUCUAUUGAUAAAGGUGGUAGCUCCAACCAGAACUUAUCUUUUGGACCAUGGGCAUGGCCUAACAAACGCAUAGGUAUUUUUCACCCUCGUACCCAAGUUUCAGCAUCUGCUAUUGGUGGCGGGCAGCAGAGCCACUAUUGUGUGCUUGGUGUUCCACACAAUGCUUCUUCUGUUGAUAUAAAAAAGGCCUAUCGUCUUCUUGCUCUCAAGUAUCAUCCUGAUGUUAGCAAGGAUUCAGGAGCUGAUGAGGUUUUCAAGAAAAUCCAUCAUGCAUAUGAUGUAUUAUCUAAUGAAUCAUCAAGAAAUCAGUAUGAUCAGGUGCUUCGACAUCAGGAUUAUACUGACAGGCCUUCAGGGGGAUAUUGGGAAGACGACUUUGAAUAUGCCGAUGGCAUAAGGACCUAUAGGUGGGCUGAUCUCAGACGAAAAAUGCAAAAAGAGAGAUACUGGGAAAGGUAUCAUACAGGGGAAAACUUCUCUUCUUAUUAUGAUGAAGUCAAGGAGUCUGAAGAAGAAACUCUAGAUGAAGAAAGAGGUCCAUUCGCGGAAGUGCUCAGAUCUGCCUUCCUCUCUUUAUUCCUAAUGUACACCAUAGGUAUUCGUCUAUCUUUGACAUUUAGUAGCCUCAUGGCCUUGCUUGAUCGAAAGCUGGACUCCGGAUACAAGAUUGGUUACCUAGUUGCAUGGAUUUUGGGAGGCAGAGGUGGUGUUCUACUUACAUUAUGCCUUUCUUUUGCAAGUUGGCUUUGUGGCAAAACAAGCAGUAGCGUAGUCGCGUUGGUGGUUAUUGCUGUGUGGGUCGGAUCCAAUGUUGCUAGAUAUGCUCCAUUUCCACAAGGUGCCAUUCUUACACUGUUAUACAUGUCAAUCAAGUUACAAGUUGAUCUUAGCUAAAGCAUCUGCAACAAAGUGAUCACUUACUGAAGAUGCCACUUUUUCUGUCUGUAAAUUUGCUCACUGUUAACUUUUAUUCAUGUUUCUUAUAGUAUAGUCUAUAAUAGUUUCUGUAUGUAAAUUUUCACAAUCAAAUUUUU